UGGAGGGGGGUGUGCGUGUGUGAAAGUUGCAUCCUUUGAAUCGUGUGGCGGGACGUGAGCGAGCAGCCCGAGCGCAUUAAUUUACAUUCGAUCAUCACCAUGGAGAACACUGACUAGUUUAUGGAGUAACAGCCAGUGUGAGGAUUUUAAGUUCUGAAUUUUUGAAAAAUGCCUUUUUGUAAGCGCACCGUGGCGCCUCAGCGCCUGUGCAGGUUGACAAAGGAGCCGUUGAGAUGUGCUGAGUUUGGAGGACCGGACUGCUGCAGCGCUUUAAACUCGGAUUCAUGGGCAUCUCUGAGCGAUGUCAGCUGCACAGCUCUGAAGAACGUCCUCCUCCAGCUGUCCGACCUGUCUCGACACGCGUGCAACGUCUUUCUGGAAAUCCAGAGCGAGGCCAGUUCGGUGGUGUAUCGGUCUGCAGCGCUGCAGCAGCGACUGGACACUUUGCAGUACGCGGUCCGAAAACUGGACCCCAAGAAGAUAACGAUCCCUGUGUCCAGUCUAGAUGAGGAAAGCAAGUGGUCAGUACACUACACAGCCCCCUGGCAUCAGCAGGAGAAUGUGUUUCUACCAGGGAGCAGACCACCAUGUGUGGAGGAGCUGCACCACCAGGCCAAGGUCAAUCUCAAAACCGUCCUCAGAGAAUGUGACAAGCUGAGGAAAGAUGGCUUCCGUAGCUCUCAGUACUACUCCCAAGGCCCGACGUUCUCCUCACCCAUCUUAUCCAGUGGGCCUCUGGACCAGGAUGAGACAGAGAAGAAGAAAAAGUCAUCAGAGUCGUCAGCUGAAGAGGAGAAACUUGUGUACUCCAUGGGCCCCCGAAACUCCUCUGCAGAUAACAUCUGUGACAUAAAUACGCAGAGCAGCUGGAGCAAGAGUCUUCCAUUACCGACACCAGAGGAGAAGAUGAGGCAGCAGGCCCAGUCUGUGGCCACCGACAUUGUUCCCAUCGACAUCACAGGUGAGAGCUUUGACCGACAGGCAAGCUUUCGACGCACCUUAAGCAACACUGACACAGUAAUACGGAGGUCAAAGAAGGUAAAACGAAGGAAGACUAUAACAGGGGUUCCAGACAACGUCCAAAGGGAAUUAGCAGGACAAAAUGACAUCAGAACUCACUCAGUGUACAUGCCCGGCCAGUACUCCACCCUUAGCCCUGCAGGAAGUGUCAGCUCCACCCUGAAACACUCAGACACCCGUGAUUCUGGCUGCCAGACAGAGGAAGUAAAGAUUGUACCCCCAUCCAUGCGAAGGAUCCGUGCACAGCGGGGGUGUGGCAUCGCUGCUCAAAUGGCCAACAUCUCCCUCUCCUCUUCAGGCAGCAUCUCCAACAUGAGUGACUGCAAUAGUGCCAUCUUUAGUCCUCAGCGUAACGGCAGUGACCAAGGCUUUCACAGUCUGCCUCGUCAAGGUGCUCGAAUCUCCUAUCAACAGCAUGAACCCAAGUACACCAGUUCCCCCUACAAGAUGGUGAAUGGCUCCACAAGCUCCUUGCCCUACCAGGUUAACAUACAGCUUGCUAGCCCAUCCUCACAGCACAUGGUAGUUGAUUCCAGAAAAAGUUCAUUGAUCAGUCCCAAAUCUGAUGAAUUCCAAGGUUUCCAGAAUGGACAGCAUAAUACAACACCAGGCUACAUGACUUCCAGCCACAAUAACAGCCCAGCCCCCUUCACUCCCAAUGGUGCUUUGCAGAACUUGAGUGACUACAGUUCUAUCUACUCAAAGCAAAGCUUUGACAGAGAAGAGACAUUGCAUUCUGUGCCAUCUGGUCCUUCACACCUGCCCUUUAGCACUGCUGGUACCUCUAUUUCUGCUGGAUCCUCUCGCUGCCAUUCUCCAGCCUCCCUCCACACAGCCAGCCACACAGAGACUGAGUCCCAGUGUAGCACCCUUAACGGAAGGAACUGCAACAGUCCCAGUGGUGUCCGCAGAAACUCUGACUUCUCAGAGAGCAGCACUCAAAGCUGCAGCACUCUGACCAUUGACCAAUGGACAUAUGAAACAGCUCCAAAGGGUCAGCAUACCUCAAGCUGUUCCUCUCCUAUCAGUCAUGUCUAUAACAGUCUGGAACGUUCUCCAACCAAGACAGACUCCAGCUCUUUGUUUUCUGUUGACACUGAGGGGUAUUACACCUCUAUGCAUUUGGACUCAGGUCUUAAAUCACACAGCCAUGGUUGCAUCAACAAAGCAGGUAACGCGAGACACAACCUAUAUGAAUGCAGGGAGCACCACAGUCAGGGUGACCGUGCAAGCCUACACAGCAACCAGUCUCUGACCCGUAGCAUUUCCCUGAGGAAAGCUAAAAAGCCCCCGCUCCCUCCUAAACGAACUGACUCCUUGCGGCGCAAGCCACAACGAAAACCACACCACAGUGAGACAGUUCUUAAUGAGCAACUGAUCACUACUCUUCAGGAGUCCCUGAAAGGCAACAGUGCAUCGUUCUCAGGCCGAAUGCCCUGCAGUGGAUAUGAGGACCCCUGGGUUCUGCGUCCUAGGAGCCAGAGCACGGUGAGUGCAGCAAGUAGUGGGAUGUCAGCACCAGCUGCUGUGUGUCCAAUCACACCCACACACAGUGACAGCAGCAGCAGCCAGCGCUCAGAAUAUGCUGAAUCAUGGGACUUUUACAUAGACUUCCCUCGGUCACGAUCUGAGCAAGGUCCUUCCUCUCCAAAUGCAAGAUCUGCAAGUGCUGGGGAGAAUGCAGUCUUUACCAAUGUAUCUGCUGACUGCAGUAGUACCAGGGUAAAGUUAAAUUUAGCUACAUCACCAGACAAGGUCCACCAUCUGACCUCACCAUCUAGUGGAUAUUCAAGUCAGUCAAUUACUCCAACUGCAGGAACCCCAGUAACAUCUCUUCUGAGAGCCAAGUCUCCAGCAGGAAGGCCUAAACCAAAAGUCCCAGAGAGAAAGUCCUCCCUGCGUUCCUCAGUUUCCUCUUCAACUACAUCCCUGUCCUCAAACACAUCGGAUUCCUUCAAGAGUCUUCCAACACCUCCUCCCCUACCUACAACCUUUCCUGGUUUUGUCAUUCCUCAGACUGCUCUAUCUGUUUCAACUAGCCCUAUGUCCAGCUCUGACAUAGGAUCCAAGAUAUCCCCAACCCCAACACCACCACCUCCUUCUCCUCUGGCUAUAAACUCCAUCCCCGAGAAAAAGCAAAGCUCUCCCAUGCUGUCACCUACCACAACAGAGGAAUGUAAUGCAUCCAUCAACAUUUUCCCUGGCUUUCCCCCUCCUCCCUCUGCAAUCUCAGAUUUUCUGUUGCUGAGGGAAAAUAUAGUGGAGCCUCUACCAUCACCACCAACACCACCUCCACUUCCACCUCCUCCACCACCUCCUCCACUUACACUCACAUUACCAUCUCAUGUUCAUACUCCACCUCCUCCACCACCAUUACCUGGGAUGGGCCUUCAUGCAGGAACCAUUUUAAAAAGAACAAAUUCUCUUGUAACUGUGGAGUCAGUGGAAAGGACAAAGGAACAAAGCUCUUCUCAACCUGAGGAACAAGAGAGACCUCAGAGACCACUAAUCACUGCCCAAGCUCUGCAGUUGGUACAGCUCCGACCAGUAAAGCUCAUGAAGUUGGAAAACAUUUUCACAGAUAUUAUUACAACUGUGUGUGCUUCAGCGGACCAAGAGCAGAUCCCAGAGCCUCAAACAAGUUCAGAUAAACUUGCUGAAGUAGAAACUCUUGAAAAUACUAUUAUUCCUGAUUCUCCCAGUCCAUCAGAGAAUGGAAUGGACACAUCAGAGUCUUCAGAUGAGGAUUUUACACAUUACAUGAUGUCCUCUCAGCCACCCUCUGCUCUAAUUGAACCUGUGAAUGAUGAUGGAAAAGAUUCUCAAUCUGUAAGCACACCUCCUGCCUUCAAACCUCAACAACCUACAGCUUCUCCAGAGGCAAUUCAAAGUACUCCCCAGAAGGAGAAGCCUCCUGUAUCACCUAAGAAGCCCAGUCUUUUCUUAAUUAUACCACCAAUCCCACAGCAACCUGUUUUGAAUAGUCUUGAGUCCAUUGAGGUUGCCAGCCCAGAGGUGUCUGCAGAGCCAGAAGCACUAAACAGUACUCCCCUGAGAGAUUCACUUAACCUUCAAGAGAUUCCAUUACAACUGGAUGUAGAAGUUGAGAGUGAUUCUGGUAAUUCUACUCCUUUGGGCCCAAGCAGGGUUUCGCUCAGCAGCGAGUUCUCCUCAGACAGUCUGAAUGACCCUCAAUUCACUGCCCUCAUUUUCAACGAGCAUGACCUUGGAUUGAGUGAUAAUGACCUCGGGCUGAGUGAUAAAGACCUUGGGCUAAGCGAUGAUAAGGGCAUUUCAGAUGAUGGUUCAAGCACCAGCUCAGGAUCAAUCAGCUUUAAAGAGGAUGAAAACGAAGAAAAUGGCGCUGUGUUUGACUCCAGCACAGAUAUCUCCUCUCCAACGUCCAGCACUAACGAAGAAGCUGUGGAGGAGAUGGUGACGCCUGCUCGUCCACGUACUACAGAGGACCUCUUUGCAGCCAUUCACAGGUCGAAGAGGAAAGUUCUGGGCCGUGGCGAUUCUGAAGAAGAUCGCUCCCGUGGCUUCCUCUCCUCCCCUCCCGUCACCCCCACUGGCACCUGCCCCAGCCUGUCCUCCCUGCCCCGUCAGACCGGCUUCAUCCAGCGCAGCCUGCGCCGCUCCACCACCAGCAAUGACAGCUUCAAAGCCCUGCUCCUGAAGAAAGGAAGCCGCUCUGAGCACAGCUUUCGCAUGUCUGCUGCCGAAAUGCUAAAAUGCACCGACCCCCGUCUCCAGAGACCCAAUGCAGAGGCCUCACAACCUGACACCUCCUGCACUUCCCCAGGACGUAGCAGGAGGGCUUACGAGGAGUGGGCACGGGCUGAGGGUGCCUUGCCUCGCCUCUCCCCCAGCCUGACAUCCUCCAAAUAUGGCCGUUCCAGUACGCCACCCUCUGCUGCCAGCAGCCGGUAUAACAGUCGCAGUCGUAUCCCCAGCGGGCCCAUGACUGUGAUUUGUGAGAAGGAAGGGGAACUGGCAGAGUCAACAGACUGCUGCCUCAGUGCAGAGAUUCCCUUCCCCAUGUCUCUGACCUCCAGUGGCACAGUGUGCGCUCAGGGCAGCACUUAGUCUAGAAAUCUUCUCCUUCACCUGGAGAGUUUUCCACCCCGUUAACAACCAAAGAAAAUGAAUGGUUGUACGGCCGUUUGACUCCAGAGACCCUUGAGCUAAAGUCUUGCUCAGCGUACAAGCUUGUACUGGCCCAGGAGUGGCCCAAGAGAGAUACAGGAUAGGAGAAGGUGGAUUCUACCACCGCAUAUAUUUCAUUCUUCUACGUAGGAAGUCUUUUAUAUUUCAAAAGAAGAUGUGACAUCUCGCAAAAUGUAAUAUUUCCAGAGGAUUACCCUUUUUCGUCUGUCAUUUCUCUUUUUGCAGGAUAGGAAAUGCAGGAUAAAUGUAGGUUUCCUUUUGCUGUGAGUUAUAGGAGGGAUGGACUUAACUGAAAUGUGAAUGUGGGCUUGAGAGAGCUGGAUUGUGCUGAGGUUUUUCUGCCUCUAUGUCAAUGGAAAGAUCCUGACCCAACUUAGCACUUACUAACAACGACUGACUAUACUACCCGCCAACACAAAUCACGCGCUUUGAGAGGUGGGCUCAACGAAAAGAAAACGGUAUGGUCGAGGACGGAGGAUCAGUGUUGAAAUGAGCUGAACUGUAAUAGUGAAGUUGCUGAGGAAUGUAUGUGGAGACGAUGAUACAAGUGUGAUGGACAAAAAUGAAGAUUUCUAGGAGGUAUUUAGAGAGACUGACUUCAUCCAUGUAGUUUUGCACUACCUUUCUAAUGCUAAUGUCUGUUGUACUGUGUCCAACAAUCUUAACUUUAGAUUCCUCAUUGUUACUCCUCUGACCAACAAGAGAUUAAAAUGUCUUUCAGUAUGCAGUUUUCAAUGCUUUAAUUUGAAGUGUUUUUUUACCAAAGAAGGCAAAUCAUGAUAUCUUUGUUGAACCACCAUAAUCCCCUACUUUACUACUGUAAAAAGAAUCCAGAUAUUAAAAACUAAAUAUCGUAGUCAGUGCAUAUUCAGUUUCUCUCCUUUACUUUUGUUAAAACAAACAUAAACCUAUAUAUAUAUACAUUGUAUCCCUAUUACUGUCCCUUGGUGAGAAUUUAUACAAGUGUUGUUUCUUUGGAGGUACUGUAUAGCCUUGUAUAGCCUAUAUGACCUAGUACAAGAAGCACCUGAAUGUUCUUGCUAAGUUACUGUACUUGCAGUAGUGUGGGAGUAGAGAAAUGAAGAUGCUUGGGGUGAAGACUGUGCUGACAAUAAGACUAUCUCUGCAAUAAAAAAACAUGCUGUUGAUCACAAA